AUGUCGACCCACAAAUCGUCACUCGCUGUAAGCCCGCGGACAUCGACGUCAAAGCCGCAGAAAACGUCUUCAAAAAAGCGCAAACCGCUGUCGUCGUCCUCCAAGAAACCACCACCGUCGCGUACGUCAGACACGUUUACACGGCCACAGCCAGCGCAACGUAAGGCGAGACCGCGGACCACACGGCGGCGGUACGACGCCAAAAAAACGACCGUCCGGACGGCCUUCAACGUGGACAUGAUUCGGCCGUUCAGCCGGUCCACGAUCGGGUACAUUUACACGAAGCUACGCAGCCCAACCGUGACGCCGCAACCGACGUGCGCGACGCGGACAGACCAGGCCCACAGCGUGUGCAUUUCGCCGUACGGCUGUGACGGCGGCAACGGUCAGCGGGGAUGUCAGAAGAGGAGGUGGCCGCGACGGCGGAACAAGAUCUACGGCAAGGCCGGAAACUAUCUGGUCGUCGACGACCGCGCCACCAACACCGUUUUCCCGCUGCCCUCCAGUUUCCCGGUCGGCAGCCCUUCGUUCCGGGCACACGGGGCUGUGUUCCAAGUGCCGGCCGAUCAGUUGGACCUGCUGUAUACGGUGCCGAGAUUCACUGUCGGUUCUCAUACGACGUCAAGGCCAAAGGUUAGCGAACAAGACGAAACCGCGUCAAACGCGUUUAGCACGUCCGAUGAAGACUACGACAACACGUCCGAACACGAGGUAAUUCAGGACUGA